CAACGCAUUCAAACUUCUGCUCAGCAAGAGCCAGCAACGUAAAGAAUCGAAGUCUCUUGUGUUCUUCUCGAACAACCCAUCUCCAAGAUCAUCCAUGGCCGUCUCUCUCGCUUCAACCCUAAGAACCUCCCAGCUUUCUCUCUCUCAACCUCCUUCGCUCUCCACAAAACAAAGGCCACUGCCCAGGAUCACCAUCUCCUGCAAAUCAUCAUCAUCAUCAUCAUCAUCAUCAACGACCAACUCGGUACGUGGAAAUGGCUCCAACUACUACGAGCUGCUUUCGCUGAACCCUAACGACACGAGCGCUGGCGACAUCAAGAAAGCAUACAGAUCGCUGGCGCUCCGGUAUCACCCGGACUCAUGCUGCGACCCGUCGAUGAAGGAAGAGUCAACGAGGAUGUUCCUUCGGCUUCACGAGGCUUACAGGACGCUGUCCGACCCCACGUCGCGCCAGGAGUAUAACUACGAGCUGGGCCUGAGCUCUACCGUGUCUUGGAGAUCACCACGCAGGGUCGCGGAUACGAGCGGUGAUCAGGAAAUGAUGAGGAGUAGGUGGCAAGAUCAGAUCGCUGAGCUGAAGAGGAGGUCAAGCAGAAGGGUGGCUCAGAAGAACGGGUCGUGGGCCGCGCGAACACGCGCUCAGAACCUCCGGAGAGAUUAAGAAACUUUGUUCGACCGAAAUUAAGGAUUAAAAAAAAAGGAGAGAAUGAAGGAAAAGAAAGAACAUGAUUUGUUUUUCCUAUUAGUCCCUCUAAUUAUUCAUGAUUAUGUAAGACACUUCAUUGAUGAUUCAUUGAUUCAGAUUCGUUUAUUCUUUUGUCAUUCUGGUUUCUUCCU